ACGCCGCUCGUUCCCGUUUGUUGCAGCGCGAGGUGCACGGUGCACCAGCCGCGGUGCACGUCGGCGACGCGCUACCACGAAAAUAACGAUCCAAUCGCGAGCGUGUAAACAAUGGCUGCGGGCGCGCUGGUUGGCCGCGCUGUCGUCAAGCCGACCGUCCGCAGCCAACCGGCGCGCGGCGCCGACGGAAAGCGGCGGCGCACCGUCUUCGCGUCACCCCACUACGCCGUCGCACGUCGGGCAUUCAGUAGGACUCGGCCAUUUCUCUCGCGAAGCACAGCGACUCGCUCGGCCGCGCGACGUUUUUUUUUUUCGCGACCACAUCGUGCGGGUACUCCCGGAAGUUUUGCAAAAUAACGCGACGCAAAAGGAUGAUACACUCCGGGCGCACCAGGCUCGAGAAAAAAGUAAGUCGCGUGGGAGUGAUAGGAAGGGGCCAGGUCGGCCAACAGGCGGUCCAAGAUUCCGGUUCCGGCGGACAAUGGUGGCGGCAGCAGCAUCUUUCCUAUUAUCAUCAUCAUCGCCAACAUCAUCACCAUUAUCAUCAUCAGGCCGGUUACUCUACAUCGCAAUCGCACACUCACAACAACCCUGUCACUACCAUGAAGCAAUCCUACAUGCAGCUAACAUGGGUGUUUCACGAUGACGAGGCGCAGAUUAACAAGAAACUGCCAAAAGAAUUGCUACUCAGAAUUCUUUCGUACCUCGAUGUCGUAUCGCUAUGCCGUUGUGCCCAAGUAAGCAAGGCCUGGAACGUGUUAGCGCUCGAUGGGUCCAAUUGGCAGAGGAUCGAUCUCUUCGACUUUCAACGAGACGUGGAGGGACCAGUAAUAGAAAAUAUCUCGAGGCGUUGCGGCGGAUUCCUCAGGCAGCUCUCGCUCAGGGGAUGUCAGAGCAUCGGCAACAACUCGAUGCGUACCUUAGCCCAAUCGUGUCCUAAUAUCGAGGAGCUUAAUCUGAGCCAGUGCAAGAAGAUCUCGGACGCGACCUGUGCGGCGCUCAGUAGUCAUUGCCCGAAGCUCCAGCGACUGAAUCUGGACUCCUGUCCCGAGAUAACGGACGUUUCCCUCAAGGAUCUCUCGGACGGUUGCCCGCUGCUCACCCACAUCAACCUUUCGUGGUGCGAGCUGCUCACCGACAACGGGGUGGAGGCGCUCGCCAGGGGUUGCCCGGAGCUCCGUAGCUUCCUCAGCAAGGGAUGCCGCCAGCUGACGGAUCGGGCUGUAAAGUGUUUAGCGCGCUAUUGUCCUAAUCUCGAAGCAAUCAAUCUACACGAAUGCCGGAAUAUAACAGACGACGCAGUUAGGGAACUCAGCGAGCGGUGUCCACGGCUGCACUACGUUUGCCUGUCGAAUUGCCCCAAUUUAACGGAUGCGUCGUUGGUCACUCUGGCACAGCACUGUCCACUUCUCAGUGUACUCGAGUGCGUCGGAUGCACCCAUUUCACGGACGCGGGCUUUCAGGCUCUCGCGAAAAACUGCAGACUACUCGAGAAGAUGGAUCUAGAAGAGUGCCUUUUAAUAACCGACGCUACCCUCAUUCACCUCGCGAUGGGCUGUCCGAGAUUGGAGAAACUGAGUCUGUCGCAUUGCGAGCUGAUCACCGACGAGGGUAUCCGCCAGUUGGCCCUGUCGCCGUGCGCGGCGGAACACCUAGCCGUCUUGGAGCUGGACAACUGCCCGCUCAUCACGGACGCCAGCCUGGAUCAUCUGCUGCAGGCCUGCCACAAUCUGGAGCGUAUCGAGCUUUACGACUGCCAACUGAUCACCAGAGCUGGCAUACGUAGACUCAGAACCCAUCUACCCAACAUAAAGGUGCACGCGUAUUUCGCACCCGUGACCCCUCCGCCCAGCGCGGGAGCCUCGCGACCACGAUACUGUCGGUGCUGCGUCAUUCUGUGAUUCUGCCUUCAACUAACUCCGAAGUAAAUCGUCCGAUAUACCGACGGGAUUAGUGGGACUCUUAUCGGUGGUCGCCGGCUAACCCGGCGAUUGUGGGACCUCUCUCUGGCGGUCGCCAGAGGAACGCGCGACGACUCUGGUCGCCGCCCAUCGUUGACAGUGAAAACGGGACUCGUUGUCAAUCCCAAAUCCUUAAAAUCGAUUCGAGCUCCACACGCAACGAGUGAAGUACGUCACCAUCACCAACACAGCCACUGCUGCUGCUGCUACUACUGCAAUUACCACUACGACCGCUGCUGCUACCACUACUAUCAUCAUCACUACUACUACUAUUACUACUAUUACUACUACUACUACUUCUACUACUACUACUACUACUCUACUACUACUACCGCUGCUACUACUUACGAUUAUUUCUAUUUGUACUCCGUUAUCGCGAUAGUACACGGCGCAUUGCUGCUAACCUCGGUUAUUACGUGCGGAAAAAAAUAGUCUGCGAAGGAAAGAAAUUCUCAGGUUUCCUUAGUGAUAUUGUUUCUGUGAUGAUCCUCAUUUGGCGUCACGCUUUAAGUCCGCGCGGUUAAGGAACGACGAUAAUUACCACGACAAGGACGACGCGCUUUCUCAGCUUCUACUCACUCGCGCGACGUGUUCGAAAGACGCGCUUGUUUCGAUUAGACGCGUUGCGGGACACGCGCGAUCGCCGUGUAUUUUAGCCAGCGAGCUCUACGCAAGCAGGCUUAUCGAUUCGUGUGUCGGUCGAUAAGCACGAGAUACUUAUUUUGAGAUAUGCGUAAAUAUCUUAUAAAUAUAUUAAACGGUGCGCCCGCGCACGACCACGGGCGCUACGAGGAGGAGGGAAGGGCCGGCGGGGAAGGUCCGGUGUAAUUUACGUGAGAGAAUCGCGUCCGAGGAAAUUUCACCUCCAUACACUCGUCCCGGCCGACCGGUCGGAUGGCGGGUGUAUGCGUGUGUGUGCGCGUGUGUACCCGUAGCAGUUUCUCAACGAACACUGCCUCUAAUGCUAUAUUGAUAAACGAGAAAAGGGAAAAGGCGAAAAAAAAUACGCGCGAAAAAAAAACACGAUAUAGCGACCGCGAAUCGAAUCUCGUCGUGAUAUUAGGAUAUUACUAUCGUUUUAUCGUGUAGUGGAACGCGAAACGUCGACGCGUUAUAACGCGAACGUUUUCGGUCCGGCGGCAAAGUAAAAGGAUAAAAACUUUCUUCUCUCGGUGUUUGUUAAAAGUCAACAAAAACGAAAAAAAAAGAAGUAUUAACGAUCGCGCGUACACGAUUGCCGAGCGACACCUACGAAUUUCUUUCCUUUCGUAUGAGAACGCAUGUCGCGGAGUUUUAAUUCGCCGCGAUUCAAGGGCGCACAAUUCAGUCUCGAACGACGGAAAUUUCGACGUAUUAUUGUGAUUGUGGACACUCGAGACAGAAAAGGGAGAGAAAGGGAGUGGAAGAGGAUGAGAAGGAGAAAGGGAGGAAGAGAGACGCUCGAGUAUCGUCUUUCAGGAGACUCGCAGUGGAGACCAUCGCUGGCGCGUCAGCGGUGGCACACGAGAGGGAAAAAGAGAGAGAGAGAGAGAGAGAGAGAGAAAGAUGCAUUUUAAUAUCGAUUCGCGGACAGACGGUAUUCUGUCCGCGGGUCGUGACCUACGAGUACCCGCGUAUAUAACGUAGAAAAAGGAAAAAAGAGAAAAAAACAAGAAUCACCUUUUCUCCUCGACAGACCCCGGACAUCUUUUCCUUAUUUUCCUUUUUUUUUACUUUUCCUUUUUCUUUUAUUGUUUUUUUUUCCUUUUGUUUUUUUAACUUGUCAUGGACUAGGAGAGCACAGACUGACAAACGAAUCAAAGCGUUAAUGUGUUAAAAAAAAAAAAGUCGAUUAACUUCGAGCCGGCGACGAGCGCGCCGGCUGGUUUUUACUUUUUAAGCCUAGGUUAAAACGUGUAUGGCGGCGGUGUUGACGAAGCCACACGCCACGGAUGUAUCGCGACGCGGUAAACCGCGGUAUCCCGCGAUUUUCGCGAACUGACCCCCGGAUACUCCGUGUGACACAGUACAGUGACGAUGUGCCCGAUGGUGAGGGACAAACUGAACAAACGAUAAUGAUGAAACGAAAGGGAGGAGACAGAAGGAGACAGAGAGAGAGAGAGAGAGAGAGAGAAAAGGAGAGAUAGAAAGAUAGACGUCUGAUUCUUGACCCAGCGUAUGCAAAGUCCGACUCGCAAGGAGAUCGGCGCAAAUUCUCGACCGGAUCAUUGUUGGGAAGCGCGUGCACGGACGAGCGCCGAUUCACGCUGCGAGGACGCGCAGCUUAGUGAAGAGAGAUACGCGCUAAUAUCGACGGUUUACCGAGAGCCGGGAAACGGACACAUGUCCUCCCUCGGGAACCCGACGAACCCCCUGGAUACACACGUGGAUUGCGAUUUUCCAUACAUUUGAUUGCGCGCACCGGCGCGCCGGGGAAGAGAUCCCACGGCGCGCCGGUUCCCUCGACGAAGUUCUCGCGACGCGGAACAUUUGGGUUCGACAAAGUUUAUUUUGGAAUAAAGGACACUCUACACAUACACACACACACAUUGGCUAUAUAUAUUUUUAGAGGCGUACUCUUGCCAGAUUUUUACGGGGAGGCCGGGAGACGCAGUUUGUGGACGGUGGCCGGUGAAAGACCAAAAAGAAGAAGAGCCGUGUGACGAAGAGGAGGGAAGGGAGAAACUCAGAUGAGCGGAAGAUAAGGGCGGAAGGGACGCCGGAUACGGAGAGAGAGAGAGAGAGAGAGAGAGAGAUUUCAAGCGGUCCAGCUUCGAAGUGCAAUAUCCGCCAAGCGAGACGCACCUCGUUUUCCUUCCUCUGUCUUUGAUUCGUGGUAUCGCGAACCCCGCGAGCCCGAUUAAUACCGAUACAUGGCAUGUGCCGUUGCGUUAGGAAAAGUACGGCAGGAGAGAGUAAGGGUGAGUGAGAGAGAGAGAGAGAGGGCGCAGCAGGUGACAGGAAGGAAGAAGUAUCGACUGUUAAUCCUUGGUAGCGUGUAAGAGACGUACCGCGUAUACAUAUAUUGAGCAUAGCGUGUCACAGAAAAUAACGGAUGCGGCAACCUAGAUAUAUACACCAGUAAAAAUAAAUAUAUAGAUAAGAUAUGUUUUAUACGCUGCAUGUCAUCCCUAGUGGAAAUAACGUGAUCAUUGUAACGUAUCGUUCGAAGUCAAGUUGUAAUAAUUAAGCAGUGUACGUUACUCGCGCAUGAUGACGAGGUGAAUCGUAAAUGACCCGGCGGCCGCAUCUCGCGACGCGCGGCCGAAGGGAUGUUUCCGAUGUCGUAUCGCGAAUCUCGCGAGCGAGCGAGUGAGCGAGCGAACGAACGCGUCGCGCGGUCUCUCCUCCCCGGAGGAAGAGGAGGGCAUCUCGCCCCGGCGUGGUCGUUUCUCGCCCCGCGGAUCGCAUCGAUCGCUCUCUCGGCACGAGAGAAGAAGAGACGCCGUUGCGUCAAUAGAAUCGGUCAACAGCGCCGUAAUUCGAGCGAAUCUUCUUGAUUCAAUAGCGAUCUCAUCGAGGCUGAUGCUUAUCGAAACAAUUCGAUAUGUCGCAGCUUCAAUAAUAUCCCGGUAAACAACUGCGAUGUUACAUUAAUGUUGUAAUUUUCCGACUCAACAAUGUAAGUGCAAUGUAACAUACGUUGUACGUAACUGUUGCGUACUUUGAAUGAGAAAUUAUGACAUUGAUAUCAUGCUACUUGCUUACCCAGUAAACACAAACAGUAACGUCACACCAGUGUUAUAAUUUUCCGUUUAACGAUGUAAGCAUAUAUGUUGCAUAUAACAGUUACGUCGUUGAUUGAGAAAUUAUGACAUUGAUGUAAUGUCAUUAUUAUCUAGUAAACAUCAACUAAUAGUAAGAAUACAAAAUGUUAAUAAUAAUUAACCCACCCAACAACGUAAGUGCAAUAUAACACGUUGUAUGCAUCAUUUACGUCUUUCAGUGAGAAAUCAUGGCGUUGAUGUUACUGUUGCCCAAUCAUCAAACAUCAACCAACAGUAACGUUGACAUUGGUUAGCGUUCACUGUUGGCUCGCUGUCGAAUCGAGAAGAUUCACUCCGAUCACGGCAUCGUCGACCCGUUCUAUUCGCGCACAACGUCAUUUUCUCCGUUUGUUCUCCCCGCGCUCGUCGAAGGGAGGAGGGUGAACGUUUUUCGCGCGCUCUCAGUCUCUCUCCCGAGGUCGCGAUCGCGUAAUUUCUAUCGACGCCAAAGAUACGACGGAGCUCAUUGCAGCUCGAACGAGAGGAAGAAAAUCGUUCACCCCGCGACGAUUCCCCGUGGGCAGAGAGAGAAAGAGAGCGAUCGGUCGAUCGAUCCCGACCGAACCGUGCCGCUGCUGCUCGGGCGCGAGCCAAGCUCGAGAUACAAAAAGUCAAUCGCAGUGCCUGAAAUGUAACAAAGCUAAUCUGUAUCUGAAAAAAAAAUUGUCGUUGACGCGGUUACCGUUCGCCGCGGGACGCGAGCUCUUUCCCGCGCGCGACAGAUCGUAACGCUCGUACACAAUACGUGUUGUUUGGCUGAACCAAAGCUUGUCUCGGCGCCGGGGCGUCAGCGGAUGGGAUCGUGUGCGCGUCCACGGUGAGAUUCGCGGCUGGAAGACUCGCGGGCACGUCCUCGUCUCGCCGGUCGUCGGUAUUCUCCCUGAAUUUCUCGCAGCGAAAUCUCACUCGAAACGAGUGAAAUAUAUUUUUCUCACUCGAAGCGAUAGUAGACGCACCGUCGCUCGAAGUCGCCAAGGGUGAAUGCUUAGGGAAGAUUCUGACUUCAUCCCGGUGAACACGAACCAACAGUAACAUUACGACAAUAUUACAACACGCAUGGAAGCAUUUUUCUCACAUUUUCUCACUUGUUUCAGAAUAUUUCACCUUUUUUUUUUUACUCGACUUGAGCACUUUAAAGAAAAACUCGGUUACUAAGAAAUCAUGUCCAAUAAUUAGCUUAUUUACGGAUAAAACGAAAAAUUCAGUGGAAAUAGAAAGUAAUAAUAAUACCGACAACACAAUGUUCGUAAAGAGAAGAACCGUGAUUUUAUUUUUAAACUGCUUUUAUCGGAUUUGUUAGAAAGCAGACAGUGACCAUACCUGACUGUUGGGAACAUAUCUGACUGUGUCAGUUUCUAUUUUUAAAUUGAUUCUAUUAAAUAUUAAUUUUUUUUUAAUUUUUCUUGAGAAAUUAACUAACUAUAAUCUGCUUUCAGCGGAAAAACUCGUAAUUUUUAGAUAUUAUUUUUAUUCGUAAAAUUUGUUUCAGUUUGACGAUAAGAUCUGAAAUACGAGUAAGUGUUUCAAGUGAUCAGAGUGAAUCUGUUGCCGUGGAAUACAAAUCAGAAUCACUCCUUAGUUUCGAGCGGAAAUAUUGACUCGACGAUUUGUAGCGGAGAAUGAUUCACUCUGAAAAAUCAUUCGAAUCCGAGUGACUCCGCUGUCGCUCUACUUUUUGAGCGAGAUUUCACUUGAAGGAAUUUAGAGAGUCAUUAAUCGCCAUCGCGUGCAUCCGAUGGCGGUGGUCGACGUUGCGCGAAGCCCGCGAUCGAGACAAUGACUACGCGGACGAGAACGAGACGCGAAGUCGGGAGUCCCGAUGACUGCGAGCGUGCGGAAUUUGCAGACGAUUUUCAGAUCGCGACAUCCGUCUGAAUUUCUGUUAACCGAGAGGGGUGAAGAGAGUUGAGAGAGAGUGGGAGAGAGAAAGAGGGACGAAGUACCAUCACUUUUCGAUGAUUGCCACUUACAGUUUAAUCGAUUGUAAUAAUCAUCCGCAGUUGUGACCGUUGAAACGUGUUGUAACGAUAAUUAAGGGGAUAAGAGAUCGAAGCGUUGAUGCCGAGUGAUCGAGCAAUUGUCUGGCUGUGUAAGUAGAAUAGAAAGAGAGAGAGAGAGAGAGUGAGAGUGAACGAGCGAGCGAACGAGCGAGAGCGAGAGAGAAACGCGAGCGAGAGAGUGAAACAGAGUGAAAGGGCGAGAGGGUGUGAAAGAGAGACAAAGAUUGAGAUAUUAAUCGAAGUCAGCGAAAGUAUUCUGGUACCCGCUGCGUGUUUCGACGGAUUGACAUAGUCAGUCUCGUGAUAGCGCGACACAAACCGAUUCGCUGUCGGAUCAGAUCGAAUCGGGUCGGAUCGGGCGGAUCGGCCGUCAUUUUUAAACGCAUCCUCCGCAUUUGAAAGGUAAACGAGAACUCCGACAACUAAAAGAAAGAAAGAUAUAAACAAACAAAACACAGAAACGUUUUACGUACAACAUCCCAUGGUCUACACGUGUCGGCCUACACGUGCCUCCCGAAACCUCGACAGACCUCGGCUAUCGAGAGGACGUCGUCGAAAAACAGAUUCGCGUACGAAUACUGUAGCUAAUUAUAUUGACACUUCGCUGCUUCGAGAAGCCGCAGUCUACCAUGUAUAUAUUUUCAUUAAUGUAUGUAUAAUAAAAUACAUAUAUUCGA